GAUCAGAGCAGCCGCCAGAGAGAGGGCGAUAGAGUCCACUUUCCUCCAACUGCCCUGGGUCUCCCUCCCUCCCUCUCUCCUCUUGAGCAGCACCAAGAGCCCCAAACUGAACCCAGAGCAGCUUUUUCCAUCAGUUCAGCUCCCUUCCCUCCCUCUGUCUCACACACGGCAAGGAGAGAGCCCCUUCCUCCCUUUGAUUUCCCUUCGCAUGCUCAGCCCCUUGUUUCCUCUAAAGCACUAGAAAUCCCCCUUCUUGCCCCCGCUCCUCCCUGCAGACUGGGAUUGCCAUGGGAGCUUUGCAGAUUGCUGGAUUUUCCAUCCUUUUCUUUCUCCUCCACUCUGGAAGCACGCUGGCGAAUAAAGCCAGCCAAGAUGUUGAUGAGUGCGUGGAGGGCACCGACAACUGCCACAUCGAUGCCAUCUGCCAGAACACCCCCAAGUCCUACAAGUGCAUCUGCAAGUCCGGCUACACCGGGGAUGGGAAGCACUGCAAAGAUGUUGACGAGUGUGAGCGGGAGGACAACGCUGGCUGCGUGCACGAGUGCGUCAACAUCCCCGGCAACUACCGCUGCACCUGCUACGACGGCUUCCGCCUGGCACACGACGGCCACAACUGCCUGGACCUGGACGAGUGCUCGGAGGGCAACGGCGGCUGCCAGCAGACCUGUGUCAACAUGAUGGGCAGCUACGAGUGCUUCUGCAGGGAGGGCUUCUUCCUCAGUGACAACCAGCACACCUGCAUCCAGCGCCCUGAAGAAGGCAUGAACUGCAUGAACAAGAACCAUGGCUGUGCCCACAUCUGCCGGGAGACCCCCAAAGGGGGCAUCGCCUGCGAGUGCCGCCCCGGCUUCGAGCUCACCAAGAACCAGCGGGACUGCAAACUGACCUGCAACUACGGCAACGGGGGCUGCCAGCACACCUGUGAUGACACCGACCAGGGCCCCAAGUGCGGCUGCCACGUCAAAUUCCUGCUGCACUCGGACGGGGUGACGUGCAUAGGGGAGAGACACUUCCAGCAACACGUUAUCCUUGAGACGUUUUCUAAUGAGACGUGUGCUGUGAACAACGGGGGCUGUGACAGCAAGUGCCACGACGCGGCCACCGGCGUCCACUGCAGCUGCCCCAUGGGCUUCAUGCUCCAGCCUGACAGGAAGACCUGCAAAGACAUCGACGAGUGCCGGCUCAACAACGGCGGCUGUGACCACAUCUGCAGGAACACGGUGGGCAGCUUCGAGUGCAGCUGCAAGAAGGGCUACAAGCUGCUCAUAAACGAGAGGAACUGCCAAGACAUCGACGAGUGCUCCUUCGACCGCACCUGCGACCACCUGUGCAUCAACACCCCCGGCAGCUUCCAGUGCCUCUGCCACAAGGGCUACACGCUCUAUGGGCUCACCCACUGCGGAGACAUCGAUGAGUGCAGCAUCAACAGGGGUGGCUGCAAAUUCGGCUGCAUCAACACUCCUGGCAGCUACCAGUGUACCUGUCCUGCUGGCUGCAAGCUGCACUGGAACAAGAAGGACUGUGUGGCUGGUGCUUGUCCCUUGGAGCUGGUGAAGUGUCUGCCAGGUUCGGUGCCACCACGGGCCACCCUCACCUGCAACAAGAUGGGCAAGAAGGACAGCUGUGCCCUUUCCUGCACCUCCAAGGCCCGAUUCCUGCCAGAGUCCGACAGCAGCUACACAGUGAGCUGUGGGACCCCCGUGCUGCGGCAGGGCCCGCACAGAGCCACCAACAGCAGCCAGCAGUGCCUCGAGACUGUGGCUGCCCCCGUCAAGCAGAAAGCCUCCUUCAAGAUCAAGGAUGCCAAGUGCCACCUGCACCCGCGGAGCAAGGGCAAGCAGGAGGAGGCUGGGAGGGCAGGGACACAAGGUGGCUCGGCACCGUGCUCUGACUGCCAGGUCACCUUCGUCAACCUCAAGUGCGACUCGUCCAAGAAGGGGAAGGGGCGCCGGGCUCGCAACUCCCCCAGCAAAGAGGUGACACGGAUCACGCUGGAGUUUGAGGCAGAGAUCAAGCCUGAGGAGAUCACAGCCAGCUGCAACCUGCACUGCCUGCGACAGCGAGUGGAGAAGAAGCUGAAGUCGGCCAUCAAAGCGCUGAAGAAAUCCAUCAACCAGGAGCGGUUCCUGCUGCGCUUCUCGGGGAUGGAGUACGAGGUGGCCCGGAAGCUGAGCGUGGCCCCGGAGCGGCAGGAGAGCUGCGGGCCGGGCCAGCAGCGCCUGGCCAGCAAGUGUGUCAGCUGCUCGCAGGGCACCUAUUACCACGGGCAGACGGAGCAGUGCGUGCCCUGCCCGCCCGGCACCUACCAGGAGAGGGAGGGGCAGCUCUCCUGUGACCUGUGUCCCCGCGGCGACACCUUCGGACCCAUCGGAGCCACCAACAUCACCGGCUGCACCGGUCAGUGUCCCCCCGGGCAGCACUCUGCCGAUGGCUUCAGGCCCUGCCAGCCGUGUCCCCGCGGCUCCUACCAGCCCGAGGCGGGCCGGGCGCUGUGCUUCCCCUGCGGCGGCGGGCUGACCACGCGCCACGAGGGAGCCCUGUCCUUCCAGGACUGCGACACCAAAGUGCAGUGCUCCCCUGGGCACUACUACAACACGAGCGUGCACCGCUGCAUCCGCUGCGCCGUGGGCACCUACCAGCCCGAUUUCCGGCAGAACUACUGCAUCUCCUGCCCCGGCAACACCACCACCGACUUCGACGGCUCCACCUCCGUGUCCCAGUGCAAAAACCGGCAGUGUGGAGGGGAGCUGGGGGAGUACACGGGCUACAUCGAGUCCCCCAACUACCCGGGGAAUUACCCCGCCAACAUCGAGUGCACCUGGAACAUCAACCCCCCGCCCAAGCGCAAGAUCCUCAUCGUGGUGCCCGAGAUCUUCCUCCCCUCCGAGGACGAGUGCGGCGACGUCUUGGUCAUGCGGAAAAACUCCUCCCCAUCCUCCAUCACCACCUACGAGACCUGCCAGACCUACGAGCGACCCAUCGCCUUCACCGCCCGCUCCCGCAAGCUCUGGAUCAACUUCAAAACCAGCGAAGCCAACAGCGCCCGCGGCUUCCAGAUCCCCUACGUCACCUACGAUGAGGAUUAUGAGCAGCUGGUGGAGGACAUCGUGCGGGAUGGAAGGCUCUACGCCUCUGAGAACCACCAGGAGAUCCUCAAGGACAAGAAGCUCAUCAAAGCUUUCUUCGACGUGCUGGCGCACCCCCAGAACUACUUCAAGUACACAGAGAAGCACAAGGAGAUGCUGCCCCGCUCCUUCAUCAAACUCCUGCGCUCCAAAGUCUCCAGCUUCCUCCGGCCUUACAAAUAGCCCCGCAGCCAAGGAAACCCUCUUCUCCCUUCCUUCUCCUCUCUGAUUUUUCCUCCCUCCGCCUGGCUCCGGCAGGAUCGCCUCUGCUCGCCCCGCAGACGUCUCCCCGCGAUCUCCCCGCCGCUCCCUGCAGACCGGGGCUCGCUCCGCUCCCAUCCCGCGGCGCUGAAGCCGCUCCCCUCUUCCGAAGCAGAAGGUUUUAGGAAACUACAGUAGUGGUCCCGUGUGCUUCUCCCUUUGGUUUCCUCCACGCCAGGUCUGUCCCCGUUCCCUGGUGCCAGCAGCAGCCCGGGACAGUGAGGGGGGUCCCUGUCCCUGCAGCCCCCGAGGAGCGCAGGAGGCAACGCCGCAGCUUUUGGCGCCGCUCUGGGGGAAAAGGGCUGACAAAGCCGCCUGGAUGGAAAAGGAAAGGCAAAGAAGCGGUGGUGAAGGCCACCAGCGCGGCACCGUGGUGGCUCCGGCCCGCUGGAGAGCCGCGCUGGUGCUGCGAGGGAAGCGCAGCCAAGCCACGUUCCCGGAGAACAAUGUCUGGCUGCACGGGAGAAAGCAGGGAGCAAAGGAGAAGGACUUUCAGCCGGGUUCGAUUUUUUUUUCUUUCCGCCCCCCUUCCUCCUCCACACACCCCAGACACUCGUGCCAAGAAACCAGACUUUGUUACAAGCUCUGCCAAAGAGUAACUCGGAAAAGCAAGCUUUGAGAAGAGCAGGAGUUAAUGUUUGUGCACUAGGAUAUCCUCCUUUCUACCUUUUUCAUAUGUAUUAAGUGCAAUCAUUUGAGUCUUCCUUAUAUUAUUUAGAGGGAAGUUGUUUUGUUUUUGUUUUUUUUCUACUAGAAAUGACAAUAUUUAUAUCUGCCUGAGAAACGAGAAUGUGUGUUUGCAAGAAAAACAAAAACCACCCACCCAGAGCAAGCUGGGCCUGGGCUGCGCUGACCAGCACAAUGGCAUCUUCUGGCCUUUUCUGCCACGUUUGUCCCCGAUAAAAGCCCCUCUCUGGGGGGAGAUGGUGCCUCUCCUGCUCGGUGCAUUGGGGUGAGUUUUUGCAGGGAGUUGGAGGCGUCUUGGUUCAUCCAUGGGGGUGGAGUUGGUCCUGUCAGACUGAUCUGCCACAGUUUGGGUGUUCCAGUCCCAUUGCAAGGGGACUCAGCUCCGUCACCUGCUUGCUGCAAACUGAUUUUGUUUGCCUGCAGGGGCUCAGGGAUGAGCCAGCACCUGCUGAGGAUGGGGCUGGGAGGAGAGGGGAGCUGGCCCUCCACUCAGCCCCCAAAUCUCUCCCCCGGGGACAGCAAUCCCACCCUCACAGACCUGGGCAGCUUUUGUGCCUCUGAGUCCCACCAGGCAUUUUUGGCCCCAUCCCUGGGUGUUCUCACCCUGCAGGGAUGCUGUGGGAGUCCCUCCCCAGGGAGUGGGGUGCAGAUCCCAGGGAAAACCCAUCCUGCCACCCUUGUUUCACUGCAUCUGCCUCCCCAGACAGGCUCAGCUGGGGACAAGGGCCAGGUGGACACCGCUGGUGGCUUUGUGCCCCCAGCAUCUUCAUGUGGACAGAAGGACUCCCAGGGACAGGCAACUGCUACCACUGCUCACCCCUCUCCUCCUCCUCUCCAAGCCUCCCUCUUUUUCCAGCCCUGCCACCAGCUCUCAGCUGUCAUCCUCCCCACACCUUCAUCCCCAUCUUCAUCCUCUCAAAGACCUGGAGCUGCCAGGACUAAAAAUGAUCAACCAGCCUAAAGCUCUGCCAGUGGCAGCUCCUUUCCAUCACUGUCCCUUUGCCCACACCUGAGCCCAGCCCUGCUUUUAACAAACCCAUUAUUUAUUGCUCCGCCUGUCCCACUGGGUCCAUCUUUCCUCCAUCCUGUUUUCCCUCCUCGAUCCACAGUGCUCCAGCACCCCAGGAGCCUCUCCCGGGCUCUGUGAGGGGCUGAGCACUGGCACGGGGGCUGAGGUUUGUCCCCAGGAUGCGUCAGUUGGAAAAGUCUGUCCUGAUUCAUCCCAGCUGUGGAUUUUGCCCUGCUGCCGCCGGCUCCCAGCCUGUUUGGAAGCUCCACAUCUGUGGGCUGAGCUGUUUGUCACUUGGUCGCUGUCUGCAAGCAGCUGCUUUAAUGCACAAAAGCUGCUGGAGGGAUCUGGAGAGGGUUUGUGGCUCUGGGACAGUGACACAGGACAGUGACCUUUGAAAGGGUCCUUAGCAUUUAGAAGGAAAAAAACCCAGCAAAAAUAAACCCAACAAAAAUAAAACCAGCCCAGGAAUGACCAACCCUGCCCUCAUGCCCACCAGAGUUCAUUAACUUUGAUUAACUCUGGCUCAUCUAAUGUCAGGUCACAGGGCUGUCCUGGCUGUGUCACCACACCAGCCACCUCUGCUCCCUGCUGUGGAAGGGUGAGGUGGCAGCACAUCCUCCUGGGAAUGGAGCUUUUCCCCCUUCUGCUUUCACCAAACGGCUCAAAAACGCCCCCAAAAUCCCACAGGGCCCCUGGAGCCACCCACCCCCAGCUCAGAAUGGCUUUGAAAGGCUGAACCCACAUCAGCCACCUCGGGGAUCAAGGUUUUGAAGCAGUCAAGAAAAUUUAAGGUUGUUGGGGUUUGGGGUUUGUUUGUUUGUUUUCCUGUUGGAGUAUUUAUAUCUGCCUUUUGCAGUGGGCCAGGACUUGCCAUCUCCAGCAGAAACGAUUAAAGUGAUGAGCAAGAUGUAGUUCAUGAAGUUAUUUGCACUUGAUUAAAAGAAAAAAAUUGUUAUUUGAACUUUGUAAAAAGAAAUGUUUGCAUUUUGUAUUGUCUUUUUUUAAUUAUUAAAUGGAAUUUCUUGGUGUUGUGUUGAUCUUUCAAAAA